GUGUUUCAGCCCUGUCCAUUUGUUUAAUAGCCAAACGUGCCCGUGAUUUCUGCCCGCCUGCCUGCCAGCUGCUGAUUGUUUUGCCUUCCUUUACCCCAGUCAAUAUCCUGCAUCAACUCAAACAACUUUCAACACUUGCAGAUUGAAUUUGUUUAAGGCACAACAACCGAUAUUAUUACCCCGAAAAUCAGCCCCCUCGGUAGCAAUAGUCAAACAACCGCCAACCACUUCAACCCCCCCGCCCCUUGCGCCCGUCGCCAGUCCGGCUGUCCAUUCGACAUGGCGGCUAACAGCUACUAUCAGAGUGGCUACAGCAGCAAUCCGCCAACCUACGAACAAGUCAAUCCAAACCUAGCUCAAUACCCGGCAACCGGUCAUCCGGGUUUCGAUACACAUCCUUAUCAGCCCACCACUUCCGAUCCUCAGCUUCACUACAGUCAACAAUCACUGGGGUCCGACCAGGGAGCCUAUGCAGCCGGCGCCAGAGUCAACGAAGGCGAACAGUAUGCCGAGAAUAUUCCCUUGAAGGCCAACAACCAGUAUCCAAAUGGCCCUCCGCCGCCUGCGAAUUGGAUGCAACAACAAACGCAUUAUCCGCCGUCACCGGACGAGAUCGAGCCUGCCAUGCGCCCUGGCGCUCGACGAACACAAAAGAAGGGUUUCUUUGGAAGGAAGAUCGCUUGGGUCACUUACACUCUCACUCUGAUCCAGAUCAUUGUCUUCAUCGUGGAGUUGGUCAAGAACGCUCAAUUUACGGGAAGCCCGAUCGAAACUAAACCCUCGUUCAAUGUCAUGAUCGGUCCUUCUCCCUACCUUCAGAUCUAUAUGGGAUCUCGAUACACUCCUUGUAUGAAGAAUACACCGGGCAUUCAGAAUGCCAACGAAACGAUUCUCUUUCCCUGUCCCAACGCGACGACGACCGAGUCUCACUGCACCUUGUCUGAACUGUGUGGUUUCAACGGUGUGCCAAACCCGACGCCCAAUGGAUCGCUGGACGAUCAGCCUGAGCCAAACCAAUGGUUCCGAUUCAUCAUUCCAAUGUUCAUUCACAGCGGGUUCAUCCACAUCGGCUUCAAUCUGCUUGCGCAGAUGACCAUCGGUGUGGCCAUGGAGAAAAUGAUUGGGUGGUGGCGGUAUGCUCUGGUGUAUCUGGCUAGUGGAAUCUGGGGGUUCGUGCUCGGAGGCAACUAUGCCGCUCAGGGUCAGGCAUCAUGCGGCUGCUCCGGAGCACUUUUCGGCAUUCUCGCACUCGAUCUACUGGAUCUACUAUACAGCUGGCAAGAUCGCCAGUCGCCGUGGGUCGAGUUGAUCAUUAUGGUUCUAGGAAUCGGCGUGUCUUUUGUUCUGGGACUGCUGCCAGGACUGGACAACUUCUCACAUAUUGGCGGCUUCACCAUGGGUCUGGCACUGGGACUGUGUCUCUUGAGAUCGCCGAACGCGUUGCGAGAACGUAUCGGACUUGCACGGAACCCGUAUGUGGCCAUGAGUGGUGGCGUGGGCACGGCCACUCCAGAGGAAGGUCAGAAGGUGGUUCCCGCCCCCAGCAUCGUCGACUUCCUCAAGGGCAAGCGCAGCCUGAAAUCAUCCGACGGCAAAUCGAACCCUAUGAACUUUGUCCGCGGCCGAAAGCCUCUGUGGUGGGCAUGGUGGUUGGUGCGUGUGGGAGCCCUGGUUGCCGUGCUGAUCGGGUUCAUCCUGCUCAUCAUCGAUUUCUACAAAUACCCGAAAUCAAACUGCUCCUGGUGCUACCGACUCAGUUGUCUGCCGAUCAAGGACUGGUGCGAGCAAGGUAACAUCACGACCGACGAGAAUUCUUCUUAAGCGUGUUCGAUAUACAGCAUUUUGGAUCUUUGUGCAUACGAGUUUUACAUCUGAAUAUCCCUCUAUGCGAUUUGGUUGGCAUUUUCCCAUUCCAGUACAUUAUUCAACGGCGUUAGUGGAGAAGACGCAGGCCUGGCU